AUUUGUGUUGGACGCGCCGGAGAGGAUCAUGUCAAAUGGUGCUGAUGUGCUUAGUGGAGUUAAUUGCACAGAAGUACCAUAAUUCGGGCAUCACAUGCAGAUUGGUACCAUGAUUGCUAAUUUUUGCGUGUCAGUAUCAACAUUGGUGUAAGUUUUUGCAAAUUAGGCUAAAACGCGUAUUUAUACGUAUUGACGCCCGAUCCGACAGCUCAGGCCCACCCGUCAGGUGCCACGCUGGCCAAUCGGCGCGUGCCCGCAUGCUGACUAGGACGAGCCGGUGCGCUGCUGCUCUCCAACCUGGUCCGGUCGCACCAGCUCCAGCUCGGCCGCACCAUUCCCCUCCCCUCCUCCUCGCUCGUUUCCUCCGUUGCCGCCGCCCGCGCCCCGACUGCCGGCCGCCGCACCGCCCCGCCGACGCCAUGGUUUUGGAGGACGAAAGCAGCGACGACCAUUCUAGCCUCCCGUACAUGCAGUCUUCCUCCACAGACUGUCUCAACGAGGUCAGUACAGGGUUAGGGUUAGGGUUUCAGAUUUGGGAUUUCUUGAUUUGGUUAAUAUCGCUAGGUUUUGAUUUGGCCAUUGUCUUUGUGCGAGCUUCUGCAGGUCCCUUUCAGCAUUGAAGAUCCAGAUUACAAGGGGCUUGAGCUGGAUGUGAUGUCUCCAUGUGAGAAGCACGGCAUGGCAUCUGAGAGGCUUGUUGCCUUUGAAGGAACAGACACAGGCAGGAGGUUUUUAGCAUGUGCACAGCCGGAAGGUAGCAAUUGUGGCUUUGUUGAAUGGGUUGAUCACCAGUGGCCCCCAACAAUGCAGAAUGCAUUGUUGAAGCUAUGGGCAAUGGUUGAAGAUGCCAAAAGUGCUAGGGUGAAUGACAAUCUUGAAAGUUCUUUCACUAUCCACCAUCUGACAGAAGAGAAGAACAACCUGGAGGCCAACUAUGACAAGCUAGUCCAAGAUGUGCAUCAGCUUAUGAGCUUCCAGGAGGAUAGGGUGGUGGAUUUCAGACAUCUGCAGUCUGCCAUUACAUAUCAGCAUGAAUGCAGAAGUGAACUGGUGGCUGAUAUGAAUGCACAGAUGGCAAAGAAAGAUGCAGAGUUUGAGAAGUUUAAGCAGAAUUAUGAUGUGCUACUGAACCUGACAAGAGCUCAAGCUACAGUCAUCCAGAACCUGAAGUUGAAGCAUAUUACUGAUAAGCAAUUGCUUACUGAAGCUAAGAUGAACUUGGAGUUGAAGAAUGCAGAGCUCACAAAGUCUGAGGAGAAGCUGAAGGAGAAGAUCAAGGGGAUCCAGGCCAUCUUAGAGAAGUGAAGAAAAUGAAUAUGAGAGUAGUGGGCAAUGCUGAUCUUUUGGGCAUGAUGGUUGUGUAGUGUAUGGCUCUACUAAAUGUGAACUUCUCUAAGAUGAACUAUGGCUGUGUAUGUAUGUAGUAGAUAUGCUUUUCAUCCUUUUGUGAGAAAAGGAUGAACUAUGCAUCAAAACUCCACUAUGUAUUGUGAA